UACAACAAUAAUUCGAGUAUACUGUGGUGGAUAGUACUAAAGCGUACAAUGUGUAUAGCAAGAUAAUUCUUGGUUUCCGGUUUGCUAAGACUGCGGUAUCACCUCUUUUGUACUGUAUUCUAAAGUUUUAAAAAUAAAAACGUAGCCAAUAAGUUAGUUUUCCUUUCGAAGUUCGCUUUUGAUGAGUCGGUGAAAGUGAUGUUGGCUAUAAAAAUAAUUUCUAGUCGUGCUAAAAACAGCCAACGCAGCUUUUCAUGUUAAGCUUAUGAAUCGCAUAAAUCGCCUGCCGCAUUUUUGUCUAAUUAAACGCAUGUAAAAUAAAAAUAAAAAAUUGAAUUAUUUUUCCACAAACUAGUUAAGGCUCUGUAUUAGCUUAUCUUAGCCAAUGGUGGCUGUGCGAGAGCCGGCAGGAUUUUAAGUCAGGCGGACUCAAGGGGUCCUUGGGUUGUUGGCUGGCAAAUGGGUUUAGACGGUGUUUGUACAUUCACUUCUGUUUCACAUUUUCCAGGCUGUGUGAUAUAGAGACACAGGUUAAAUAAACUGUUCGGUUACAUCAUAAAUACUCGGAUUUCGACCCUUCUUUAGUCAUUUAGAAUAACAGAGGGUAAAGUAUACCCUUAGUGAUUGCUUCAAAUCGUGACUUCUAACUCAACGCUGAGUUAUAUGCAUGUUUAAGAGUAUUAUGUUUAGCUUAAACAUGGUUCCUGUUUAGUCAGCCGUUCUGCUUUGUGGGGGUUAAGGAAAGGGGUAUAAAUGAAAGUCUGCGGUGUAACCAUGCGUUUUGACACUGUAACAGUGGCACUAUACCUGACUAGACGUUUCUUUUCAAACUCGUCCCAGUGUCAUUUGAUUCACCGAAUGGAUGGAAUCAGCCAUGUGAAGAGGGUGUCUAUCGAAGGUAACAUAGCGGUUGGGAAGUCAACUUUUGCAAAGUUGUUGCAGAAUGCAGGACAAAACUGGGAAGUCAUACCUGAACCUGUCAGCAAGUGGCAGAACGUCAAGGAAGCAACCUCACAACUAGUGCUGUCUCCACAGCAAACGACCAGCAACCUGCUGCAGAUGAUGUAUCAGGAUCCCAAGCGCUGGUCCUAUACCUUCCAGACAUUUUCCUGCAUGAGCCGCAUGCGUACCCAGCUGCAGCCACCCCCUGCGAAAUUAAUGCAUUCCAGAGACACCACUGUACAGGUGUACGAACGCUCCAUCUAUAGUGACAGGUACAUUUUUGCUCAGAAUUUAUUCGAGCUAGGUGCUCUAAAUUCAACGGAGUGGGCUGUGUAUCAGGACUGGCAUUCUUUUCUUGUUGAGCAGUUUGGUCCUAAGGUACAGCUGGAAGGGAUCAUCUACCUUAGAGCUUCUCCACAGAUCUGCAUGGAGAGGCUGGGCCGACGAGGUAGGGAGGAAGAACAGGGGCUACAGUUGGACUACCUCGAUACACUGCAUAUGCAGCAUGAAAACUGGCUCAUUAACAAAUCUAUAAAGGUUCAUUUUGAUCACUUGAAGAAUCUUCCUGUAUUGGUAUUGGAUGCAGGUCUGGAGUUUGAGAAAGAUCCUGAGGUUCAGGCCAGGCUUAUUAAAGAGGUUAAGAUUUUCUUCCAUGACUUGUAAAUGCCAAAGACCAAACACCAAUGUGUAAAAUAUAAGGAUCACUGCAUUCUGUUCAAAAGCUUCACCCUGCAUGUUAGUGCUCUGACCAACACAUGGGGGUGUGUUCUUCUCUAGACCAGCAGAUUACUCAUCAGUUCAAUUGAUUUUUUUUUUUUUCUGCCUUCUGCCAUUCCAGAGCAAAAAACAUAAAUGUUUUGUGUGUUGGAACUAACAAGAUCACCUGAUCACUGCUCCUGUGUUGUUUGCUUUUUUUGCAAAUUUGACAAAGCCGUCUGUAUCAGAAACUGGAGCUAUGAUGAAAACGUGUCAGUUAGUGUCACUGUUCUACAGUAUGUUGAAACAUAGUAUCAUAUAUAUAACACAGUGUAAUAUAUAAUUUUUUUUAAUGUGUUGUAGUUGUACAUUAUGUGAAAUGUUACGUUAUGUUUUAAUUGUUUGAUGUUCGAAUGUUUUACAUCAUUAUGUUCUGUUUUGGCUGUGCAAUGGGUUGGUUUUCUGGGCACAGAGUCAAGCUACGCUUGUCCUAGAUUACAAUGUCAGUAAAACAUUCUCCACUGAAAAUCAUUUUUGUCAUAUAGCUAGGGUAUGUUUUAGUUCAGAAGACUAGGCCUGACUUGAAGCAUACAAUUCCGGCUUCCUCAAAUUUCACUGCAGUGUUGCCAUAUAUCUGGGUGAUGUAGUCUUCCUGGAUGUUAAAGUUAGCUCUAUGUAGUGCUCCCGCUUAAGGAAAAUUAAAAUCUUUAUUGAUAAAUCUAAGCUAGAAGUCAUUUCUGCACAAAAAACUGAACCACAGGUGAGUGUGUCUUACAUAUUCAAUACUCUUGUUCACUGUACAACUUGUCUAUCUUUUUAACCAAUCGAUUGCCAUGCACCCUGCUAAGUAUUUUAACAGAGAAAUGUAAUACAAGUUUAUGAGCGAUAAGACAGAGAAGAUCAUUUUAUUUUAUUUGCUUUAUACGAGAAAAUCCUUUUUCUGCACAUUUUAAUACACAGUUACUGUUUGUUUGCUGAAUUUAACAUAUUAGAAGGAAAAAUAAAUCAUUAAAUGUGGCCUGUGCAAAA